CUGUGGGAAAGAACAGCUGUCAUUGAAAGUCACCCAGUGGCUGGCUGCUAAAUGCUCGUCAGUAGUAACUUAUUGCACAGGUCAAAAAAGAAUUGUAAUGUCUAGAAUGUAAAUACACUGUUACCACAGAAGAGUUUCUUAAUUUUUGGAAACUAACUUUAGGCCAAGUUUCCUCAAGUGUUUACUCAAAAAAUUAAGUAAGUUUGCAAUGGCAAGCAUCUCACUGCAGUGUAUAUUUAACUUCACUGUCACCUCAGGUGCGGCUGAGCCAUUUGUAUGUGAAAAACAGUGCAUGUGUCAAACAACAUGUUCAUGGUGAGAGACUGUAGAGAAAGCUACAGUGUUCUAUUUCUGAGAAAGAAAAUCUGCCAUUUGAGUACGGAUUCACGUGAACAUGCUCCAAACAGGUAGAGUCCUGAACAACUUGUGUACAAAUUGAACAACUUUUUUGAAAAGAAAGUCUUCAAGCUUGCACAGUAGGUUUGUGCUUUGUUUGCAGCAGCAGACAAGUUGCCAUUGAGCAACAAAACUCAGUUGCUUAAAAUAAGCUGCUGCAUCAAGAAUUAAUUUUUUCGCUGCUCAUUCGUGGCCAUAAUGUUCCAACUCAACUUCCUUGUUCACUUCUUUGGAGGUACACAAACCUUAUACAACACAUAUACCUGAGGCAAUCAACACAUCAAUAAAAGUCUGUUGUUCUAAUUUAUGCAAGUGACAGUUUGAAAGUGUCUGAAUGUUUGCAGAACAGAAACACGUGACCAACUGCAGAAAACCUUGCUUUUUCUUAAAGGUUGUAUUUGUGUAACAACUAAAUAACUCAUUUGAAGUAUGAGUUUUUCUUUCUUCAGCUUGACAAACAUUAUGUGCACUGGUCAUGUGUUGUUUUUUUUAGGUCUGGUUAAUAUUUACCUUUUAAACUGCGUUCUAAUGAAGGACAGUAAUGAGCUUAACGAUAAAGAAACCGGAUGUAAAGAGUCUGCUUGUCUAUAUAUGGAUUAACGUACAGCUCUGCCUCCUCUGGGAACAGAUAAAAGGGAGGUUUCUGAGGCUGCAGAACCACUCUGCGACGAGGCCGACCCAAUUCUGUUUAUGCUGGUUGUCUUUAUUCAUUGUCGGGGGGUAAACUCCUGAGGAGCGAAUGAAGAAACAAAUUUUGCUUUUGUUCAAUUUCAGAGGACUAGUAAGCAAAGGGAAAAAGGGUAAAAAAAGAAAAUGGCCAGUUUUAUAUUACGCAGGGCUGAACCAAAGGACGUGUCCGAUAUCUUGCGACUCAUAAAGGAACUUGCGAAAUUUGAAGAGAUGGAAGAGAAAGUGAUACUGACAGAAAAAGAAUUACUUGAAGAUGGUUUUGGAGAUCAUCCGUUCUACCACUGCUUGGUUGCUGAAGUACCAAAAGAGCAGAGCUCAGAAGGGUACACUGUGAUUGGCUUUGCAAUGUAUUACUUCACGUAUGACCCUUGGAUUGGGAAGCUGCUCUACUUGGAAGACUUCUUUAUCAUGCAAGAGUUUCGGGGUCUUGGCAUCGGCUCAGAUAUCCUGAAAAGACUUAGUGAGACGGCAGUGAAGACUCGAUGUAGCAGCAUGCAUUUCAUCGUAGCAGAAAACAACACCAAGUCGAUCGAGUUCUACAAGAGAAGAGGUGCUGCUGAUCUCUCCUCUGAGGAAGGCUGGCGUCUCUUUGAGAUCGAGAAGGCCGACCUGCUGAAGAUGACUUCCAAAUAGAGUUUGCUGUUCAUUAACCUGCAAUGAUUGUUGACGAUGUGAUUGCAUUAAUUUUGUUCUGUUUGGUCAAAAGCUUGGCACUUGCUUAAUAAAUCUUUUUACCAGGCAACUGUUACCUUUGAUAAUAAAACAUUUCUGCUGUGAUCUGAAAGUUAGACUGAACUCUGCUGUUCAGUUAGCGAACACCGAGAUUUUGGAAUAAUGCAGUAAUUGUAUGGAAAUAUUUCUCACUUGAAUAAUGUUUAGGGACCUGUAAAAGGAAAACACUGACAAAAAUGACUUUAGAUUUUUUUUUUCCUGCUUUGUAACUAAUCAUCACAAAGCCCUGUGUCAUCUUGUGAGUCUUUUUUGGUUCUUGAUUUCUGGGAUGAAAAUCUAUUUGUGGAGGUGAUUUUGUUAAUUAAUUAUUCUGAACCAUAUUUUCCAUGUAUUUCAAUAAAUCCAAACAUUUUUAAUCUAA